AUGGAGACGUCCUCACAGCCCUUUAGGGUACCUACAACAGUUCGGAGCGCUCGUUGUGAGCUCUCCUCGUCUGACCUGCAGAACACCCGUUAUUUCUUUGCUGUACCAUCGAAUAUUACUGUUAGGUUACCCUCUGCUACUGAGUCAGCUCUUGACCAAAAAUCCGAGGAGCUCUGCCUCUAUACCGAUUAUCUUGACUUGGGUCUUAGGCUCCCUUUUUCCCUUUUUGUUUCUAACGUACUACGUUUUUACCGCAUAGCACCAUCACAACUCGUUCCGAACUCUUAUCUUUCUCUCACCUGUUUUGCUGUGCUCCUGCUCCGCUUGGGCCAUCAGCCUACCGUCCCACUUUUUAGAAGUUGCUUCCAAAUGCGGUCUCAUUCUGCAGAGAAGGAGCUGUAUUAUUUUAACUCUCUACCAGUUCGGGUGCGACAUCUCCUCCCCAGACUUUCCCCCGAAGAGCAAGCCACCCUGAAAGAACUUCGUACACUCGCUGAACGGGGUGUUAUCCCUCAUGAGGAGCUGCUCCAGGAGCGCGUCCUUGUGCAAUGGGGAAUCAGCCCCGUUUCCUCAAAUAUGGACUUCACCAGGUAUGAGUCGCUCAUGGGAGAAGCUAGAAAGCAAAGGGUGAGUAGGAGUAGGAAGAAGAGAAGAGAGGUCGAAAGAGAAUCCUUUCAAAGGGAAGCCCCUGCAGUAGGUGACUCCGGCGCCCUUACUGACGAAGUCCCUGCUGCUCCUCCUGCGCACUCGCAGGCUCAAGUGGAAGCCAUUUUUCACGAGCCGACCCGUUCCGCGUCUGUUCUCCGUCGGGCUGUUCACGCCGAGGACUUUGUGCAGGCCCAGUGUACCCUUCCUGACGCUCUCUCGGCGAAAAUCCGCCAUACUUCGUAUCAGCUGGCGACGAUGGCUCUGGCCCAGGAGGAGAAAGUCGCGGAGAUGUAUCGCCAGACACUGGAUGCAAGGGAAAAAUAUGUCCUCGCUCAGAACCAGCUGCACAAGACCGAGCUCCGCGAGCAAGCUUUGAAGGCAGAGAUCGAUCGCCUUCGUAGGGAGGAAAUUCCUGCCCGAGAAGCUACUGCUGCUGCUUCUGCUUCCCGAACUGCAGUGAAGAAGUACAAGGGCUCCAACCAAUUUGUUAUCGACACCUCUAAAGCUUACCGAGUUGGAUUCAGGAGGUGUCGUGAUCAAGUAAGGACUAAACAUCCCGAGAUCCCUCUUGAUGGUGUAAGCUCUCAUGGCUAUGGCGAGGAGAGCCCCGAGUCUGCGGAGGAUCUGGAAGAGGAUGAAGAAGGGGAGGAGGAGGAGGAAGCUGGAGAAGGGAGCAAAGCAAAUUAGUUUGUAGGGACAGAAUAUGUAUUUUGAAUUUUUUUUCAUCCUUUAUUGAUGUAGUGCAACUUUUGUAAGCGAC